AUGCUAGUAUGCUUCAGGUUCAAUCACCGCCCCAUUAGAUUCUCUCUCCCUCUCUAAAGACCACACCUUUAUGUUCCCUCUAUAUCUAUAUAAGACGCAAACACAGGGACCAUUCUCUUCAAAGACGAGAAAUUAUAAGUUAGGAAACGACAAAGACCGAUCUAUAUAUAUAUCUCGGAGCAAUAUAGCUAGCACAAACAUGUUUCAGAUUGGAAAAAACGCAUUAUUCAAGAAUGUGAGCAAGAACUUCCUUAUCAAGGGAAUAUCCUCAUCCUCAUCAUCUCAUUCAACUUCAAGGAAGCUAGAAGGUAAAGUAGCACUCAUCACUGGAGGAGCAAGUGGGAUUGGCAAAGCAACAGCCGGAAAAUUCAUCAGUCAUGGAGCCAAAGUUAUCAUUGCCGAUAUCCAACCGCAGAUUGGGCGAGAAACCGAGCAAGAACUCGGUCCCAGUUGUGCUUACUUCCCAUGCGAUGUGACCAAAGAAUCAGACAUUGCUAACGCAGUUGACUUCGCUGUCUCGCUCCAUACAAAGCUCGACAUUAUGUACAACAAUGCUGGUAUUCCCUGCAAAACGCCUCCUAGUAUCGUUGAUCUUGAUCUCAAUGUUUUCGACAAGGUAAUCAACACAAAUGUCCGUGGAGUCAUGGCAGGAAUCAAACAUGCUGCUCGUGUGAUGAUCCCGCGUAACUCUGGAUCCAUCAUUUGUGCAGGGAGUGUCACGGGGAUGAUGGGCGGUUUAGCCCAACAUACUUACAGCGUCUCAAAAUCCGCUGUUAUCGGAAUUGUAAGAUCAACAGCUUCAGAACUAUGCAAGCACAGGAUCCGGGUCAACUGCAUUUCUCCUUUUGCGAUCACAACAUCAUUCGUGAUGGAUGAGAUGCGACAGAUUUACCCCGGUGUUGAUGACUCAAGGCUGAUCCAGAUAGUGCAGAGUACAGGAGUGUUAAAUGGAGAGGUUUGUGAACCAACCGAUGUAGCUAAUGCAGCGGUGUAUCUCGCUUCCGAUGAUUCAAAGUAUGUAAAUGGGCAUAAUCUGGUGGUAGAUGGAGGAUUCACAACUGUAAAGACGUUAGAUUUCCCUGCACCUGACCAAGUGAAGUAACAAAACUCAUAAUAUACAAAGAAAACUGUUCUUGAAACUUCAAGUGAACUAGACUGCACUAGACUAGACUAGACUAGGCCGGUUUCUAUUCUGUCAACAAUCAAAUUUAUAGCUGCAUUAGCGGAUGUGAAAGCUCCAUGGAAGCUUUCUUGGUAUGAAAUGGAAGUUAAAUCUUGAGCC